GUUGCUUGGACUUGCUCUACUCUGAAUCAAGAAGAGCAGUGCACCAUUUGGAAAUGAGCACCCUUGGCAAGAAGGCGUGGUGGACCUUACCUGAAAACUUUCAUUCUCCACUGGUACUUUACAUGGAAGAAGACCUAGAGAAGCACAUAUUUGGUCAAGGAGAUGAAUACCUUCAUAGUAUUGAGGUGCAUAGCCACACUCUCAUUCAGCUGGAGCCAUGGUUCACAGCCACAGGCCAGACUCGAGUUAUAGUGGUUGGACCACCUAGAGCAAGAAAGUGGCUGCUGAGUAUGAUCCGGAGUUUGGGGAGCCGGGAUUGGUGCUGUCAGGACCAAGGUAGGUAUCCUUACUAA